AUGGAAGAUGGGAAUCAAAAACUUUACAAUGGUUGCACAAAAUAUAGCAAAUUGUCAUUCAUUGUUCGUCUAUAUCAUAUAAAAGUUUUAUGUGGUGUUACUGAUAAGACAUUUUCAAUGAUCAUUGAGCUUCUAAAUGAUGCUUUUCGCCAUGCUAAACUACCGACAUCUUUCUAUGAAGCAAAAAAAAUGAUUAAGAUGUUAAGUCUAAGCUAUGAGAAAAUUCAUGCAUGUCCAAAUAAUUGCAUGUUGUAUUGGGUAUCAUUGGAGGAUGAGAAGAGAGAUAAAUGUAAGAAGUGUAAUAUGUCUAGAUGGAAAUCAAAUGAAAAUGAUGGUGGUGAAAAUCAUGUAACAGAUUUCCAAAAGAAAAAGAAGCCAAAACCCGCUAAAGUGCUUCGAUAUUGCCCACUUAUACCUAGGUUGAAAAGGUUAUACAUGUCUCCUAAAACAUCAAAACUUUUGAAAUGGCAUGCUACAGUGGCAAACCCUGAUGGAUUGUUAAGGCAUCCAAGAGAUAGUAAAGCAUGGAAGGACUUUGAUUCAUUUUAUCCAAACUUUGCUUCAGAUCCUCGUAAUGUAAGACUUGGUUUGGCUACAGAUGGUUUCAAUCCAUUCGGAAAUUUAAGUUCUACUUAUAGUGUUUGGCUUGUGAUGUUGUACCUUUAUAACUACCCUCCAUGGUAUUGUAUGAAGCAAACUUCUCUUAUCAUGUCAAUGAUAAUUCCUGGCCCCAAGAUGCCUGGUAAUAGUAUUGAUCUUUACCUACAACCUUUAGUUGCAGAGUUAAAAAUAUUAUGGAAUGGUGUGGAGGCUUAUGAUUCCUCUACGAAUGAAAUGUUUCAUAUGCGUGCUAGUUUGUUUUGUACCAUUAGUGAUUUUCCUGGUCUUGAUAACUUAUAUGGGUGGAAUACACACACAUUGUUUGCUUGUCCAUCAUGUAGAUUUGAUACCGAAUCUAAAAGGUUGAAAUUUGGUAGAAAAAAUUGUUUCAUGGGGCAUCGUCGAUAUUUACCAUUUGAUCACAAGUAUAGGUACAACAAACAUUCAUUUGAUGGAUCUUUGGAGUUUAGAUCUUCCCCUGUUCCAAUGUCGGGAUCGGAGGUGCUUGAACAAAUUGAGGAAUAUAGUCGGAAAAGGUCACGUGAUGAGGGUACGAGUGAGGAAGGCCCACUACAAUGGAAGAAAAAGAGCAUCUUUUGGGAUCUACCUUAUUGGGCGCAUAAUCUUAUUCGUCAUUUCCUUGAUCGAAUGCACAUAGAGAAGAAUGUUUCUGAUAAUGUAUUGCUUACAGUACUUGAUGAUAAAAAUCGAACAAAAGACAAUCUUCAAGCUCGUAAAGACUUGCAGGCAAUGGGAAUUAGGGAAAAGCUUCAUCCAUAUCCUAAUUCCUCUAAGUUCCCUCAAUCAUGCUUUAAAAUGAAAAAUUCAGAGAAAGAUAUCUUCCUACAUAUUCUAAAAAAUGUGGUUUUUCCAGAUAAUUAA